GUAAUUUUUCUUGUUUAGUUAGCUAUAACGACCAAACAAUUCGAUUAAUCAACUGAACCCUAAAAAUCAACAAUUUUUCAAAUCCUCCUCAUUUUCCCUCUCUAAUUGCUUAUAUUCAAUGAUUUCUCACCUCCUUCACCAGCAUUAGGGCUUCUUUAGCAAUGGUGGGAAUGACGAUUAAUUCGAGAGACAGGCUCGUAAGCCUAUUGAAAUCUUCAAUUGAUAAAUCAUCAAAGCUCGAAAUCUUACGUCAAUUGAAGAAUAAUCUUCAAGAAAACGACGCCGAUUCUUCUUCAUUGGCGGAUUUUCUUCCUCGCCUCUUUGAGUUGACGUCUGAUCAAUACUCUCCGGUCCGCAAAUGUGUCACUGAGAUUAUUGGAGAAAUUGGAACUAAGCAUGUCGAAUUUGUGCCGGAAAUUGUGCCGGUUUUGGUUAGUAUAUUGGAAGAUAGUACGCCGGCCGUUGCUAGACAAGCUAUUACUUGUGCACUUAAUCUUUUUAGGUCUACUCUGUAUAAACUUGCCAUUAAGGGUCUUUACACUAGUGAGUUGGAUGAUGCGCUUCAGUUAUCGUGGUCAUCAAUGUUAGAGUUCAAGGAAAAAAUUUACUCCAUAGCUUUUCAGCCUGGAAGUGGUGGGGUAAGAUUGCUAGCUCUGAAGUUUGUUGAAGCAGUCAUUCUUCUUUACACACCUGAUCCUAAUGGCCCUUCUGAACCUCCGAGUCAUGAAGGGGAAACUUUGGAAUUUAAUAUAACAUGGUUUCGCGGGGGACAUCCUGUCCUAAAUGUUGGAGAUCUGUCGGUUGAGGCCAGCAAAAAAGUGGGUCUAUUGCUUGAUCAGCUUAGGUUCCCGACGUUGAAGUCUCUCAACAACUUGGUUAUCGUUGUUCUUAUAAAUAGUCUUGCUACUAUUGCAAAUAAAAGGCCUCCAUACUAUGGGCGAAUCCUGUCAGUUUUGCUUGGUUUGGGUUCCACAGGAUCAGAUACUGAAAUUAUGCGUGCUUCUGGUGCAAAUCUUGCUUUAAAAAAUGCCUUUCUCACCUGCUUGAAAUGUAUUCAUCCUGGUGCUGCACCGUGGCGGGAUCGUUUAAUUGGUGCACUAAGCAAGAUGAAAGCUGGAGGGCUGACUGAUGAGGCCCUACGUCUAAUUUCCAAGAACACCGGAAGUACAGAGGAGGAAGAAGUUUCAACGCCUGCUCGGGAUAGGGAAAAUACAACUGAAGUAUUGGAUGGCGUUCAUAGUAAACUCCGAAGAAAAAGAUCUGGGGCAGAGGAGAACAUUGAGGUGGCUGAAGAUGAUAAUAUGUCUGGAAAACGUGUCAAACAAAUGCAUAGUGUCUCGGAUGAAUGUACUAAAGAACUGAAUACGAAUAUUACCGUAUCUCAGAAUGACAUAUCACCUGAUGGACCCACAGAAGAUGAAACUGGACCUGUACAACAACUUGUUGCUAUGUUUGGAGCCUUGGUUGCUCAAGGUGAAAAGGCUGUUGGUUCUUUGGAGAUUCUUAUUUCAAGUAUCUCUGCUGACUUGCUAGCUGAAGUGGUGAUGGCUAAUAUGCGCUACCUUCCUGUUAGUCAUUCACGAGCUGAAGGAGGGGACGAAUCACUAGCAAACAUGACUAUAGUUGGAAGCAACAGUCAAGCCAAAUAUCCAUCAUCAUUUCUGACGAAUGUACUUUUUCUUUCCACUUCUUUCCCUCAAAUAGCUUCACGGUUAAAUACUAUCCAGUCAGCAUCCAGUGACGUAGAGCAGCUUACAUCACAAGGGCAGGAAGAACACCACGUUGCCUCCACAGUCGAUAGAGAUGUCGUAUAUGCUAAAAUUAGCCAGGCUGGAAAUGAAGUUUUACCUUCUGAUUUAGCGGCUCCUUCAAAUGUGAUUUCAUCUGCUAUGGAGUUAGACGUUCCAUCAGAUAUCCAAGAUAUUGGCAAUUUAGAGAGUGAGAUCCCUGGCCUUGACUCUUGUGCUCGUAAUGAUGGGUUAUCUGAAACCAUGGGCGCUUCUUCAAUGGUGUCUACUGAUAUAGAGGAUGUCAAUCAAGAUCAAGUUACAAGCUUGGAUGGAAGCUCGAACAUGGAUAUACUUCCAGCAAUAUCAACAGAGAGGUCGGAGGAACUUAGUCCAAAAGCAGCAGUUGUGGAUUCUAAUAGCCAGAUCUCUUCAACCGCAGUUUCUGUGGGUGUACCUUGUACUGUUGUCCUGCCUAAGAUGUCAGCACCUGUUGUUGACCUUGCAGAAGAACAGAAGGACGAACUGCAAAUUUUGUCUUUUAAACACAUUGUUGAGGCAUAUAAGCAAAUAGCAACUUCAGGAGGUUCACAAGUCCGCUUUUCCUUACUUGCUUGUUUAGGAGUUGAGUUUCCCUCAGAGUUAGAUCCAUGGAAACUUCUUCAAGAGCAUAUAUUGUCAGAUUAUGUGAACCAUGAGGGACACGAGUUGACAUUGCGUGUCCUCUACAGGUUAUUUGGCGAGGUUGAAGAGGACCGUGAUUUCUUUUCCUCCACAACUGCUGCUUCCGUAUAUGAGACGUUUCUUUGCACCAUUGCUGAAACACUUAGAGACUCUUUCCCUCCUUCAGACAAAUCUUUAAGUAGAUUGCUAGGUGAAGCUCCUUAUCUGCCAAAAUCAGUUUUGAAUUUAUUGGAAUCCUUGUGUUGUCCUGGAAAUUGUGAUAAAGCUGAGAAGGAUUUCCAAAGUGGGGAUCGAGUUACUCAAGGUCUCAGUAUUAUGUGGAGCCUGAUUUUGAUGAGGCCGCCGAUACGAGAAGUUUGCUUGAAAAUUGCUUUGCAGAGUGCAGUUCAUCAUUUGGAGGAAGUGCGUAUGAAGGCAAUUCGCCUGGUGGCAAACAAGCUUUAUCCUAUUUCAUCCAUUGCUCAAAAAAUAGAAGAUUUUGCCAAGGAAAAGUUACUUUCUACCGUAAAUAAUGACUGUACAGAGAUAAUAGACUUGGAAGGAUCAGUCAUUGAAGCACAGAAGGAUAGCAGUAAGGAAAAACCAUCAAAUGAUCAUAAGUCAGCAAGCCCCACCAGUAAAGACAUCUGUGACACUCAUCAAGCACACACAGCUCCGAGUGUGUCAUCUCUCUCAAUAGCUGAGGCUCAGCGAUGCAUGUCACUGUACUUUGCCUUGUGCACUAAGAAGCAUUCCCUAUUUCGCGAAAUUUUUGUUAUUUACAAGAGUGCUUCAAAGGAACUUAAGCAGGCAGCUCAUCGCCAUAUUCCUAUACUAGUUCGUACUAUGGGUUCAUCACCUGAACUUCUUGAAAUUAUAUCAGACCCUCCAAGUGGAAGUGAGGAUCUUCUGCUGCAGGUCAUACAAACUUUGACAGACGGGGCAGUUCCUUCUUCAGAACUAUUGUUCACCAUCAGAAAGUUAUAUGAUUCAAAACUAAAGGAUAUAGAGAUUCUGAUUCCAGUAUUGCCGUUCCUACCGAAAGACGAGGUUUUGCAGACCUUUACCCAUCUUGUCAAUCUUCCUCCGGAUAAGUUUCAAGUUGCACUUUCACGUGUACUUCAGGGAUCGCCUCACUCUGGUCCAGUGCUCGGUCCAGCUGAAGUGCUAAUCGCCAUUCAUGGGAUUGAUCCUGAAAAGGAUGGGAUCCCUUUGAAGAAGGUGACAGACGCGUGUAAUGCUUGUUUUGAGCAGCGGCAGAUGUUUACUCAACAAGUUAUUGCGAAGGUUUUGAAUCAGUUGGUUGAGCAGAUUCCUCUUCCUUUACUAUUUAUGCGUACAGUUUUACAAGCUAUUGGUGCUUUUCCUGCAUUGGUUGAGUUCAUCAUGGAGAUUCUUUCUCGUCUCGUUAGCAAACAGAUAUGGAAAUACCCAAAGUUGUGGGUAGGAUUCUUGAAGUGCGCAUUCUUGACGAAGCCUCAGUCAUUCAGUGUGUUGCUUCAGCUACCUCCACCGCAACUGGAAAACGCUCUGAACAAGACUGCAGCUUUAAAAGCUCCCCUAGUUGCUCAUGCUAGCCAACCACACAUCAAAGCUUCCCUCCCGAGGUCUACUCGGGUGGUUCUAGGAAUAGAUUCAGAUCAGGAUACCUCUAGUCAGGCACAAACCAGUCAGGCUCAAACUGGAGAUACAAGCAACUCAGAAAAGGAGGUGUUGACCGAGAAAUCUAAAGAAUCUUCCAGUGCUAGCUGACAUGCCCGGAAUGACAAGAAUUUGGCGGAUCAUAAAUUCCCGCUUCCAGGGAGCUUGCCAAGAUGGCGUGAGGUAGAUAUCAUCUGGGUCAUCCAAAUUCCAAAUCGCUGGAUUUCCAUUUCAUCUUCUCUCCGAACCAUUGGUAAGGAAACCAAAGGCAAGUCCCCAUGUUGUACUAUAUGUAACAUCUUUAUACCUUGAGAUGAAUUUGGCGGAUAAAGAGAAUAACACCAAGGAAAGAGGUUGGUAUGCAAUUUUACACAAAUUAAAGAGCACCUAAUGUAAUUUAGAAAGUUUUCGAGAGUUGAAUGAAAGAAAAAUUGAGAAUCUGUGUAUUGUUUACAGGUAUUCAUUAUUUAUUUAUAAAUGAUUUAUUGAUUCCUGGCCA